CGGUUGAGUUGGUGAAAAAUUCAUUGGGAACAUACAUCAUGACACUGGAUUUUUAUAUAGGUACAUACCAUUAAUGAGGAAUAGAGAUGAAAUUUAAAUAAAUUUCUUCAUUUGUCCUUUUUUUUUUGACAUACUAAUUCGCUUGUACAUAAAAACUGCUUACGCUACAGAAGUUGACAUAAAAUACUUAUAAAAAAGUGCCUCCCAAACUAAGAAAUAUACUUAUAUGUAUAUCUUGGGACCCUGAGAUGCGCUUUUUAGUUUUAUUCGUUAGUCUUCUGUGAUAUGGAAAAUUCAAACGUAUUAAUAUGUUGGUCAAAUCAAAGUGAAUACCAUAAGAUUUUAUGUAGUUCAGAAAAAAAAGUAAAAACUUUAUGUAAAAUGCAGCAAAAAUGAUUGUACAAUAGUGUGUGUAUUUGUCUGAGUGCGCGCGUGUUUGUGGGUGUAUGUUUGUGAAGUGUUUGGGGGUGCGGCCAUAGAUUAUACACUUAUAUACUGGGGGUGCGGCAGUGCAGUGAUCCGUUAAUUUAUAAUCCGAUUUCAUCAAAAGAUAGAGAGGACUCACUGAAUUUGGUCCCACAUUUUGAUUUUUGAACUUUUUUAUUUUUAAUUAUUUGUUCGUCUUUUAAAUUGACCCUCCUUACUUAAUUAAUAAUUUCAUCGCUUAAAUUAAUGAAUUUUGAAUAAUCAUCGUUUCGUCAUCGUUUUCAAUAUAGGAAAUUUUGUAUCUUCAUAAUUUUCAUAUACAUUAACAUUACUUACUCUGUGAUACUGAUAACAUUUAUAUGUCCUUAUGUCAGAUGUCAGUUGUCAAUGGUUAUAAAGUUGUUGCUUAGUCUUUUCGAGUACCUAAUACUAGUUAAUAAGUAAAAACAAAGAAUAAAUGGAAAAUUUUAUGAAUGUUGAAAAGAUUGGUGAAGGCACAUAUGGAGUGGUUUACAAAGCAGAGGAUAGGAAAUCGGGAAAAGAAAUUGCACUCAAAAAAAUAAAACUUGAAAAUGAACCGGAAGGGGUUCCCUCAACCGCUCUGCGCGAGAUAUCAGUUCUUCGAGACCUGCGGCAUCCAUCAGUAGUUCAGCUCUUAGAUGUUAUCCUUGCAGAUGCUAAACUAUUUCUUGUUUUCGAAUUUAUGCAUAUGGAUCUCAAAAAGUUAAUGGACCUGACAAAAGGCCCCCUGAGGUUGGAUUUAGUGAAGAGCUAUCUGCGGCAGCUGCUCGAAGGCAUCGCUUAUUGCCAUUCUAAGCGUGUAUUGCACCGUGACCUGAAGCCGCAAAACCUGCUAGUCGACGCGGAGGGCCGCAUCAAGCUGGCCGACUUCGGGCUGGCGCGCGCCUUCGGUAUACCGGUCCGCGCCUACACACACGAGGUUGUCACACUUUGGUACCGCGCACCAGAAAUACUGCUCGGUGCCAAGUUUUACUCCACUGCUGUCGAUAUUUGGAGUCUCGCUUGUAUUUAUGCUGAAAUGGCUAGCGGCAGGACUCUAUUCCCAGGGGACAGCGAAAUCGACCAGCUGUUCCGCGUGUUCCGCGCGCUGGGCACUCCCGGCGACGAGGUGUGGCCGGGCGCGCGGCUGCUGCCCGACUUCCGCGCCGCGUUCCCGCGCUGGCCGCGGCGCGAGGCGCGCCAGCUGCUGCCCGCCGCCGCGCGCGCCGACCCGCUCGCCGGCGAGCUGUUCGAGGCCAUGCUGUGCUACGAGCCCAGCGAGCGGCUGGCGGCGCGCGCGGCGCUGCAGCACCCGUACCUGGCGGACGCGCGCCGCACGCCGCCCGACCUGCCCGCGCUGCCCGCGCUGCCCGCCCGAGCGCCCUCCCCGCGUUCCCCGCACACCCCGCACACCCCGCACGCCCCGCAAGCCCCGCAAGCCUCGCGCCCGUUUGCCGAAUCGAUCUCUGCCCUGUUUUAA